AUGAUCAGAUUACACCCGCCACAGACCGGCAAUAAGUCCUCGCAGAAGCCCAACUCGUCUUCCUCCACAAACUCUUCCCGUUACCGCCAUAGUGAAAGCCAUCAAAAUGAAGGGACAACAUAUUUGUCUUCGCAGAAAGUUACUGACAUUUUACAGGCAAAAAAGGAGGAGAAAAAGGAAAAAAGCGUGUUAAUAUUUGAGAUGAAAUAUCAGAUUGCAACUUCAUCGGUUCUCUUUUCCUUCAGUCAUUUUGGCAACAACCACAAGAAAUUCCUGUCACUAUCAUUUACCAACGUCUUCAUUUAUUACUUUUAUUUGAUCUUCAUUUCUUCUAUCACUUUUGUCACUUUCCUCCUCCAACACCCCUCUAACUCUCUAUUUCUCUCUCUAUUUCUCUCUCUCUCUCUCAUUCUCUUUCUUCAUUCCUCUUUCUUCUUUUAUCAAACUAUUAUCCACCUUCGUGUGUCCAAAUUCGUUUGUUUUGAAGCAUUUAUUUAA